ACAGGAUCCUCUCCGACACAGUGUUCUCCGGGUUGUCAUCAUGAUCAGAGCUGUCUCCUCCUAGCGAAAACUUGCAUUUUACCAUCAUUCAUUCUGAAACCAUUUCUUGUCAUCCAUUCUGAAAUAUUACUAAGAUAUAAAUUAUAAAUACAUUCUGUAAAUCAUAAAUCAUUCAUUAACCAUGUCUCCGAAACAAGAAGAAUCUAACCCUCUCAUGGUUCAAUUCCUCUGCGAGACCGAAGUCAACUAUAAACCCAGUGAUCUAGCCAUUGAUCAAUCUGAGCUCUACUUCUCCGCGGAGGAAUCCCAACCAGGGAGGAAUACAGAAGUAAAGAGGAACAGUCGAUGGUGCUGGGUUGUACUUGUAGCUGGAUUUCUAACCCUAAGCGUCCUGGAUGGAGUAGGAUACAGUUUUGGAGUCCUAUUGGAUCCUCUAGUAGCAGAACUAGGAGUAGGACGAGGAGGGAUAUCUAUAGUUGGGAGCCUCCAAACCGGAGUAUACUCCAUCUCAGGACUUAUUGCCUCCAAGGCUACCUCCAGGUAUGGAACAAGAAAAGUUUGCAGUUUCGGAAAUAUUAUUGCAGCUCUGGGAUUAAUUCUAUCAAGUUUCUCUUGGGAUUUACCCUCUCUGCUCCUCACCUACUCUGUUAUCACCGGAGUAGGGUUUGGGUUCAUGUAUAUACCAGCCAUAGUUGCAGUAGCCGAGCAUUUUACAGAACGGAGAUCUUUAGCCCUCGGUAUUUGUGUUUGUGGAACUGGAAUCGGAACCUUUGUAGUUGCUCCUCUAGAGGCAGUUAUACUCAGCAGUAUGGGAUGGAGAUGGACCUUAGUUGUAUUGAGUGGGAUGUGUAUCAUCUGCUUGGCUUGCUCUGCUACAAUGAGUCCUGUCCAGAACGAGGAUGAGGAGGACGGUUCAACCCCGAUAUUCUAUCCUGGAACUAAAAAUAGAUCUCUUCUCCAGCAGGUUGGAUGCUGUAUACUUGGAGAAGAAUUGUUUUAUCAUCCGAACCUUCCAACUUUCCUCAUCGUAGCUUUAGCUGAUGUGCUAGGAACUCUAGCCUUGUUUGUUCCGUUUACUUAUCUCCCGGAGCUAGCGGAGUCAACAGGAAUUCUCCCAACCCAGGCAGCCUUCCUCAUCUCAGCUAUAGGAAUUGCAAGCAGUGUGGGACGUAUUCUCUCUGGAUGGAUUGACGAUCAACCAUGGAGUAAUCCCAUCCUACUCACUGGUCUAGUUAUACUUGGAGCUGCUUUCCAACCUGUCUUCUUGACUUGGUGCUCUGGGUACGCUUCGUUCCUAGUGUUCUCCUGCUUGUACGGAUUAUUUACCGGAGUCUGGAUUGCUGCCUGUUCUCCAAUUCUGCUUAGUAUUCUCAGUCUUCAUCUCCUUCCACCAGCUUUCGGUCUUAUGACCGCCAUCCAGGGAUUGGCGGCGCUGCUAGGAUCUCCUAUUGCUGGAUUAGCUGUGGACUAUUUUCAAUCUUCUAGGAUUGCUCUGCUCCUCUCUACAGUGUGUCUCAGCUGUUCAACCUCAGUUUUCAUGCUAGCAUAUAUCCAGGACCGGAGAACUAAACAUAGGAUGAGAUACCAAGAGAUCCUCUGAUUUAAACUAUUAAUCUUUAUUUCAGAUUUAUCUUAUUGACAGAUCUCAUGCAAUUCAAACUGCCAUUUAAAGGGACUGUAAACGUAAUUUUAAGUGACCUUGCAUGCAAAGAAGGUUAUAACAGAUUCACAACGGUACACGUUAAACCUUUGACGGAUUAUGGAUGAAGGAGAAUGUCUAAGUUCUCUCAAUAAAAAGUCGUAUUAUCUGCGUUUUUGCGGAUAAUUCUUAACUGGCUGACGUACAUGGAAGUUUUUUAUGUAAUUUUCUUAUUCCAAUAUCACUUUUUAAUACCGCAAAAAUUUUUUUUUCUUUAAAUUACGAUUACAAUCCCUUUAAACUUACACAUCACGCAUAGUAUACACGAACUAUAGACAGCUGUCGAUUGUCAAUUUUUAUAAAAUUUACGAUUAUAAAAUAAAAUUGUAUAUAAUUAA